UUAAAGAUGAAGCUCACAGCUGCAGUUUAUUUGUGGGAUAACACCAUUGCUGUGCUUCUGCAUACGGUUCAAGGUUAAGUUCUGUGUCUCAGACGUCAACGGUGAAAACUGAGUGGGAGUUGAAGAAGAUAAUUAUGGACCAUCACUUUGGGGAUGUUUGCCUCUGGAGGAAGUGCAAACCUGGCAGGGGAGUUGUGUUUCUGCGACUCUUACAACUGCAGCCUGUCAGUGGAUAUUACGGUGCGAGCCAGUGCCAUUGCCCAGGAUGCUGACCAGAACUAUGACUACGCCUCCAAUAGCGUCAUCCUCCACCUAGACGCAGGCGACGAGGUCUAUAUCAAGCUGGACGGGGGCAAGGCUCACGGCGGCAACAACAACAAAUACAGCACCUUCUCUGGGUUCAUCCUCUACGCCGACUGAACCCACGCAGGUGUCACGUCCAGAGAGA